UGUAUAACAAGUCUUCGAAAACGAUGUCAGUGUUCGUCACUAUCCUGGUUCUUCUCUUCAUUCACUCCGCUGAAACGUGUCGAGCUUUCAAACCAAUCAAAAACCACGUGCUCACGGGUCAAGUGAUUAAAACGAUCCGAGACCUCAACUUCGAGAAAUGUACAUAUCACUGUGAGCUUGAGACAAAAUGCUUCAGUGUUAAUUUCUACACAAAGAUCAACAAGUGUGAAUUGAACUAUGGCAGUAAAGAAAUGUUUCCAAGAGGUUUCAAGGAGGAACAGGAUGCUCUGUAUGUACAUAACAUCAGAAAGGACAUCAGAGAUCCGUGUAGUGCGCUGUACUGCUUGCACGGCGGCUUGUGCUAUCCCCUUCCGCAGCCAUACUGCACGUGCCCCGAGGGAUUUGUGGGAUCGAUCUGCCAAAACAUUACUUUAUCGUUAGAGGCCAUUGGAAUUCAAGACGAUAACAUUAUCUUCGACGGUCAACUAACAUCCAGUACAGCCGCUAUUGGCCACGAGGCAUGGCGGGGCAAGCUGCAUGGUUCGGGGAGCUGGAAACCAGUGGCAAAUGACUUGAACUCUAGUUACACGGUAAAAUUUACAUCAGCUGUGAACAUAACUUACAUUGCAACGCAAGGAUCUCCUGAUCUAGACUGCUGGCCCACUUCUUUCACGUUGGCAUAUUUUACCGCUGACAGGCUAAAAAAUUACCCCCACAUCCUCGGAGGCAACAUUGACAGAAAUACAGUCAUCUAUAAAGUUCUGAAACCGACUCUGAUUAAAGUGAAGGAAUUAAACAUCAGACCAUUUUCUUUGCAUGGCUGUAUUGGGCUCAGAUUAGAGCUUUACAAAUCGUGAUACUGUGUCGGUU